UCUGUUGGCUGAUAGCAUCGAGUCAGAGAAAUGCUGUUGUGUUUAGGGGUGUCCUGAUACAACUUUUUUACUUCCAAUCCGAUACCGAUAUUGUAGCCUUCAAUGUUGUCCAAUAACGAUGUUGAUCCGAUGUUGGCACAGGAUUGUGCUUGACUAGUGUUUCAUUCAGCUGCAACAUCUUUUUCGUACUUACAAAUACUGCCAUACAGCCGACAUCACUCCUACUCCUUGCUACUUUGUUAGUACUUUAUGCUGCGUUCCAGUUACCUCGGAAGUCGGAGCUGGGAAUGACGUUACACCCGAGUUGACGGCGUUCCAGUUAACAAGUCGGAAAACCAAGAUGGACGCCGACAGUUACCUGUUGUUAGCUGUUGUUUACAAUUGUCUGCUCUUGUUAGCUGUUGUCAGCUGUUGUUAGUUGUUGUUAGCUAUACCAGUUGUAAUCGAAGUAAACACAGUAUUUUACUCUUACAAACUCCAUAGCUCCGUGUUCACAGUUAGACGUUGGGAAGUACAACAUACACCACUUAUUUAAUUAAAAAAAACAACAAAAAAAACCCAGAAGUUAUUUUAGCACUUGCCUUGUCCGAAUAUAAGCAAGGACAAAACAAGUGCUAAAAUAACUUUCAUUGAUGUAGCCAUCUUGUUUAUGCCUCUGAGUUUGUUUUUUUUCCGACUUGGUAACUGACACUGGUAACUCAGGUGUGAUGUCAUUUUCAGCUCUGACUUCUGACUUCUGAGGUAACUCAAAGUCAGAAGUCCGGGUAACUGUUGUUGUGAUUUUGUGGGCUUUGCAUGCUGGAUCAGGGCCCUGCUAGAUAGAGGUGCCGAAGCGGAGUCUGGAAUGGACUGCUUGUAUUGGAGUGCUGAUAUCGGAGAUUUUAGAUGCAGGCCGAUAUAAUCCGGUAUUCAUUUUGUUGCUGAUAUUGGACCAAUAUCCAAUAUCAAUAUUGUAUCGGGACACCUCUAGUUGUGUUUGAGCCACUGGAAUAUAACCAACAUGUUUCAGUGUCGUUUCACUCCAUGACAAAUCACUCCAGACUGGAAACACGGUCACUCCAAGUCACCAAAACAGUUCCAGUUUUACCACAAAGUAUCCCAAACAGAAGUAGUCUUUAAGUAGUUUAAAUCACUUCUAACUAGUUUCCAUCAUUUCAUAUUUGAAAAAAUUACCACCUUGUUCAAACCGCUCUGGCACCAAACAGCUGUGAAAAUAGGAGAAUGAAAUCAAGAAGGUAGGAUCUCCCUAAAAUAGACGUCUUUCAUAUUUGGAGACAUGGUCCGAGAUAGACGCCCCUGAAAGACCGUGAAGUUUAUAUGAUCACUGUGUACAUAUGUUUGUGGAUGAAAGGGUGCUUUCUCUGUGUGCUGGUCCUCUGUGCCCUGUGGAGACAGGCUGUAAUCAGCGGGUACAUAAUUAGAGAGGACUCAGUGGGAGGCAGAGGAGUCUCGGGACUCGCCCUGCCAAGUACAGAAAUACACCAUUUCCCUUAAACAUGGGACUCAUGUACCAACUGUAAUGUGAUACAGUAAAAAAAAGCUUCAAUUUCUGAAUGAAUCAGAACGUGCUGAAUUCAUCCUUAAUGCAAAAUAAAGAUCAUGUUCAUGUCAGUUUAGACUGAUCACAUAUAACUCAUCUACAUACAAAUCUCUUCAAAAGGAAAUUAUAAUCUGAACAUGAAGUGGAGUUUAAAAAAAGGAUGGGCUGAAUGGCUGCCUGGUAAAUACAGGAGGCUGAAGGCUGGGAUGUGGAGAAAAAGGAGGGAGGAAAGGCUGGAAAUAGAGGGAUGGACAUCAUGAUGCAGAGAGUCGUCGACUUUUUAGAGCUGGGUUUAAAAAAAUCACUCAGAGCAGAGAAGGGAGGGCGAAUGUUCGGUGACGCUCUCUCACUCUUACUUUCCUCUCUUCACUCUGUCUCCACUUGGUUUUCUGUCUCCUGUCUGCUCUGAGGCGGCUGAUCAGAGGACGAACCCAGGAUCAAACUCUCAGUGAGUAUGAAUUUAUAUCAAUUACUGAAUUUUUAAAAAAGGAAAGAGGGCUGUGAAAAGGUUUCUUUUAAUUCUUUAUAUCUAAACAUAAACAUGCGGAGUAAAGAUAAAGUUUAAUCAUACAUUUGGCUCAGACUGUCAAAUGAACGUAUUUUGAUCUUAAUGUUUUCAUUUCAUGCUUUUAGAAGAGUGAGAUAUUUUUCACUCUGUUAGUUGAAAGGCACGUUUACUCAGUGUUUUAUACAGGAAACUAUUAUUUAGGAAUAAACCAGACUAAACUAGGCAGUGUUCAUUCAUGUACUGAUGUGUAAAAAUAGAAAUUUGUCGCUAUAAACAUCGAAAAGGCAAAACUGAAACACUUCUAUCCUUGUGCAAACUAGCACUAGUGUUCAUAUUUGGCACAUUUAUUGAAAUAUAUUAUUAUUUCAAAAAUGUGGUAAUUAUUUUCCUUGGAGAUGGGUUGUAUAAUUCUUUUUUAAUAUUUUUAAAACGAACAUUAAGUUAAAAAGUUGGACGUCAGAACAAAGUUUCAGAGGUUAAUGUUCGGGGUAAUAAAAAUGAGAUUUGUUCAAAUUGUGACACCACCAGACAGUGAAUCUCUUUAAAAAGGGCAAAUUUGCCUCUUUAUAAAAAGAAAUGCAACUUAAUUACAUGGCAACAGUGAAGGAGGUUUAUAAAAUGCUGGGUUCUGGAGUGGAAAGGGACAGUGGCCAAAAUGAGGACAGUAGCCUAAACUAUGUUAAGAGUUUGUUUAAGUGUAAAUCAUGUAAAGCUGCUAAAAAGAUUUGAUUCAGAUUUGUUUGAGUUUCAUAGUUCAUACUCCUGCUCUUCAGUGUUUUUGGUAAAAUUGUUAUAAACAUGAUAUCUGGACAAAAUAAGAUCAAAACUACCUUCAUAGAAACUAAGAGGCCAAUCAAAAGUCCCUGACAUUAAGAAUUUAAAUAUAAUGGAUUAAUUACAGAGCGUGUCACCGUCAGAUAACCUAAACCCUCUGGUGUUACAGAGGAAAUGAAAUUGUGGUUUUACAUGAGGAGAAAGGGGGCAUUACAGUCCUGUAGAUUAAGACCCCGCCCUCUAUAUGGUCCAGCAAACGUCGACCACACAGGGAGAGGUUUCAUACUGUAUAGGGUCAAUAACAGCAGCAGCAGGUUCAGUAUGAGAAGAAGCCGAUUAGAGGCUUGUCUUUAUAGCUUAGCACCGUAUAAUUACACCCUUGUGUCAGGAGUUGAACUGGUUUAGAUGGGGACUGAGACUUGAGCUGCUGGUUUUAGUUCUCCUUGUUAGCGCUUAACUUCAUGUUAAAUCAUGAAAAGAGAAUAAUGGAGGAAAAGUCACUCUGGGUCGGGUAGCUUAUAUACAGACUGUUGCAUGGUGGGUAAAUACUGGGUCUCCCUGGUUGCAGAAAUAUCUUAAACAGGUCGGUGCUGCUGCUGUGGGCUGCUGUACAGUUCAACAGCUGCUGCCCAGAGUAAAUAUAGAGACCACAGCCACAGGUCUCCCACGCCUCUGCGCUCACUCCGCCAUAUAGCUUCCUUCGGUCUUUGGUGUGGUGGAUGGGUGGCCUCCUUCUACGUCGCAAAUUAUAAGGCCUCCAGCACCAAACUCGCUGCCUCCACCCCAAAUAAGUAAUGGCUACUGUGCUGCCUGCUAAAAUAGAUCUGAUCCAGGAAGAGAAACGUAGAAAUAUCAGACGGGGGAUUGAUAGAUGAUCCAAGUUUCACAGUCUCGGGGUUACGAAGGAGCUCUUCUGGAUCCAUGUCAAAGGAUUCUCGUGUAGAUGGAGGUCAAGCCUCUUUUUUUCAGACCCACUGGAUCCCUUCAGCUGCAGCUUUCCCUUAUUUCAGACAGAAAUACUUCAAGAUAAAACGACGUAUAUGAUAGCCAGACAGGGAGCGCCAAACAACAGCUGAGGUUAGCGUUCAGGCCUUUGACUACACAGUUUUAAUUUAACCCUCCACACUGUCUUUUACUGUUUUGCUUUUUUAAUAAUUACGCUAAACUCACAAAAAUCCAUAUAACACAUAUAGACAUUCAGCGUGUAAAAGUGGGUAGCAUUUGGCAGACUUUAAGAGACUUGUUAAAAAGGCGGGAUAGGAAAGUCUUUCUGUUUUUUGUUACUUUGAAUGUGAUUUAAAUAUUUACACGAGGAGUGAGUCUCCUUCCACAAAGGCCGCCAUCUUGCACCACCAUGUUUUUACCAUAGCACAGAGCGUAGAGUCUGGUUACAUGAAUGUUUUCUGCUGUCCAAAAUGAACCAAGUGGAAGAUUUAAAAAAAGAAGAAUAUAGCUGCUGUUAUUGUGAGCAAAAGAUGUUACAUUACUGGACUUUUUUUAUCAGAGUAAAUUUGACAAAAGGAGGAUCAUGUUGCAGAAUAUUACUUAAAGGGAUAUCCCGGCGUAAAAUUAAUUAGAGUUAGACCCCGCUGUAGUCCGUAAUGGACUGGCCUGAGGUCUCGCUACAAACAAGUGGCUGCUGGAAGAGAGUAGUUGAGUUGUGUUUAGUCUCUUUGCUAAAGAAAUUACACAAAGUUAAAAAGAUGUUUGAUGGCUAGUACUGUGGCUGGGACCCUAUAUGUCCUGUUGAUGAAGUUAGGUGCUGUUCUGAGCAUUAUUUGUGGCUAUAGAGUGGCGUUUUGGUUGAGGUUUGUUUAUGGCUACUCAGACUUCUGUGUAUUGCUAUCCUGCAGUCGUUACUAAAGUUGGUAUAACUAGAGAAGCAAGCGGUCGGCAACAUUCAUCUCUGGAGGGGGUGUCUAACUCGGUGUUUUGAUGUGUUUGACCCUAAAUUAAUUUUACGCCAGAAGAUCCCUUUAAGUGCUUUAAGUCCCUACAUUACUACGACAUUCAUGUUUUAAUUAAAGUUUUGUUUUUGUAUUAAUAAGUGGGAAAAGUAUUUUAAAAACGUAGAUCUUAGAUAUAGAGCAGAGCUGGUCGUUUCAUGCAGUUCAUGUUUGUUUUUGUUGCAGGACUCAGAAGAGAAGAAGAAGAAGAUGAAGUCCAGUCUGGUCUCGGUGGUCGCUCUGCUCUCGCUGCUGUGCCGUGUGUGUCACACCACUCCCAUGUUCUACAACAUGUCCAUGGACGGCAGCGGAGAUGAAGCAGAGCUGGAACUUAUCUUUCCCACCACUCGAGCCCCUGUUCACAUCUCUGCUGCCACAGGGCCCCCCACUCUCACCAACACCCUCACCACCACCAUGAUCCGCCUCAAGGACUUUGUCCUGACCCGAGUCGUGGAUUUCCUUCAGGACAAUCUGCUCAUCAUCAUCGUGGUGACCUCCCUGCUCAUCGUCAUGGUCUUCAUCAUCUGCUGCGCUUCUGCCAUGAGUCACAAACGCAAACUGGAGGCCUACAAACCCCCGCCUAAUCCACCCAGGAAGUACACGGCUGACAAACCAGGGGGACGCAAGAACUCAGGCGAGUUCCAGGAGAGACCGUACGCUGUUGACCACGUCAAAAGGGUCCAGAAUCAGAGCAUGGCGUCCCCCAAGCACCUGCGCCAGCCGUCCAAGGCUCUGGUGGGAGAGAGGGGGAGGGACGUCAGGUCGUCUCCACGCCAGGAGGUCAGAAAGGUCAGGGAAGCAGAGGAGGUGGAGAAGAGGCGGGAGGAGCCGAAGCACAAAGAACAGCCCAAGUACAGGGAGGAGAGGCAGCAGAGUCCCAGCACCAGUCAGCCGGUCUGCACCUGCCACCUGAAGAAGGGUCAUCACUAGUGCAUGUGAAGCUCUGGUGUGAUCCUUGGAGAGGAAAUAACAGAAGAAGGAUGGGCAGAGAGGAGGGUUUCACCACACAGAGGGGAAAUGUGCCGGGAUCUAAAUUACUGUUAACACGGUGUUUGUUUGUUUGUUUGUUUGUUUGUGAGGCUAAAAGAACCUUCAGAAGGUUAAAUUCAACAUAACAGAACACCUUUAACUUUACCAAAAGUGAAAUUUAUAAGAAAUGUGACAGUAAAUCUAAAUGCUCGCUGCAAAAAUUGGAUCUUAAAGUUUUCAAAAGUGAAUGCUUUAACAGCGGGAUGUGAGACUAAACGACUAAUUUCACCAGAUUGAAUUUUACUCAAAUUCAAAACCUAAAAACAGUCUGAACUGCCUGAUGGUAAAUCACUGUGCAUAGAAAGAACCAUAACUUAAAAUUUUGGAAUAAAUGUUUUUAAUGAAUCUUAAAACUUACGCUUGCCAGAUAGAAGUGAAGAAAAAAAAUGAGAAGCAGCAAAUAUUCUCGUGUUUUUCUACAGAGUUGAAAGACUCUGAAUGCCUGCCGAGACAGAGGAACCUCCUCAGUUUGUCCUGCUGUAUGUUCAGAGCAAAGUCUUUACUGUUGUUAAUAAAGUCAAACGAGAUGCCAGUAAGAUUUACUUGUUGGACUGGAGAAGUAAAAAAGGUUCUCUUUUUAUUUUCAUUUAUAUUUACUUCAGUUUGUUUCAUUAUGUUAUUUUAUCUUUUCUUUAGAAUAAAAACCAAAUUCACAAAGCUUUAUACCUCGAGCUAAACAAAGAACAGAAUCUAUUUGGGAGACAAAAGAACAUACAUGAGUGUAAAACAUAAAAUAUAUGAAUGAUCAUCAGUCUACACGUAUUUUAAUCAGCUUUAGACUUUAUUCUGUGUUACUCCAACUCAGUCAGGUGAACCUUUUAAAAUAUAAUUAUGAAGAAUUUUUAAGAAAUCAUGCUGCUUCCUCGUAGAAAAGCAUGAUCACACUCAAAGUCACACUUUUCUACCCAAUAUCUAGGGUGACCAUACGUCCUCUUUUACCCAGACAUGUCCUCUUUUUGAAGGACUGUCCAGGUUUGUCCGGGAAGUUUAUAAAAUCCUUCAAAUGUCUGCAGUUUUGUAAGUAAGUUUCGCAUUUUGUGUCACGUGGACUUGCUGAGUUAGAAGCGCGUAAAAAAAAACACAAUCCGACCCGAAGAACUCUCAAAAUGAACUUCAUGCGACUCUGUGACUCCGCCCUCUUUUUAGGAAGUCAGAAUAUGGUCACCGUACUGUAUCAGCACCGACACAGGUCCAUGAGUGUAAUAUUGAUUACAUAUCAACAAACACUCAAAGGUUAGUGAUUUGGAAACUCUCUGUUUAGUCCAGAGUGAAGGUCUCUAUUAAAGCUCCAGUAAGGAACUUUCAGUGUGCGUCAUUUUGGACGAGGCGUUUAAAAUUAGGACAUAAACAUUGUCACUCCUGUCUCUGAUGGUUUUGUUUGCCUCUUAAUAUCAUCAACAGACAUCAGUGUAAAUAUGAGUCUAUUUCAUAAACAUAAAAAUAUCCUUACAGGAGCUUUAAGAUCCUCUGAGAAACCUGUGAUACAGACUUUAAAAAACAGAUAACAUCGUAAUUUUUGAGAUAAUGUUUUGUUAAUUUGAGAAGUAUAUCCAGCACUCAUGAAUACUUUGUGUUUAAUGUAAUCCCUCAUUAAUUCAGGAAAAGUGCGUCUCUUUUGGCGUCCAAGCUUUGUGAAUCUGGUUUUGUUUUACUUGUGUAUGAGAUAAAUUAUGGGUUUGUUUUAGAUGUUAUUAAGUAAGUCAGAGACUUGAAUACUGGGAUAGAGAGUCGGCCCAAAGACAUAGAAGCUGAUGAGUGUGUAUGUGCCAUUUACAUUUCCUUUAUCUGAUAUUAAAUUCAGACUAUUCUGGAGGAGAAGUUUGACCUCAGUUAAUUGUCCUCGUGUUUCUCUUGUGACAGUUUUAUGUUUGUAAAAUGUCCAGUUUCUAUCAUUUAUAUUUAAUAAAAAUGCUGAUUUUCA